AUGAGUACGCCCAGCAGCUCUCUGCUGAAGUGGGCCGGCGCCGCCUUCACAUUGCACAUCAUCACUGUGGCCGGAGUGACCCCUGGGUCCCGGAGGCGUCUCAGUGAGGGGCUCGUCCCCCGAGGCGGCUCCAGCCAAGGCCUCAUCACACCUUUCCUUUGUGUUAACGUGCAACUGUGUCACGACGGCCCGAGGGCUUUGGGCCACCCGCAUCCUCAGAAGUGUGUGUGGAGGGAGGAGCCUCCACCUCCCCCUGCUCCGCUGCUGACGGAGCGCAGGGCCGGGUCUGACGGCGGGUCUGAAGGAGACGGGUCUGACGCCUCUGACGCGGGUCUGACGGCGGGCUCACUCCAAGCGUCUGUGGAUCUGUGGAGCAGCUGCCCUGCCCGAGAAGCUGCCGGCAGCACACGCCAUCCUGUGUGCUCGGGGCUCGGCACGCGCUCAGCAGAUGCUGUUCAGGAAGGGGGACCUGGGGAAGCCCAGUGA